ACCCGGCUACCGGUCAUCUUUCUUUUAUUUCUUGCUUUGGUCAAGUUGGCUCCUGCCAGCCCUUUUUAUGUAGAAAUGGAUUCUCCUUCUCAAAAGGUGAGCUGUUUCAUUGAUGUAGCUAAGCCGUGUAGAUCAGUGAAGUGAGACUGCAAUCUAACCCCUAGGUCAUGACCUUAAUUUCUCGUGCAACUGGUCAUGAGAUGACAUUUGCGUGACAUUGAGUCAAAAGAAGUCUGAGCCAUCAUUCGUGUGUUUGCCACCGAGAAAUGGUGUUGUUUCUAUGUUCAAUACGUUGUGUGGAUUUGAGCUGCAGUAUUUGAAAUGGAUCUCAAGGUACUCACUCUCGAAAUAGCACUUCACGUUCGGCACUGUUGUCCUUUGAUAGGGUACGUAGACCAAAGAAGCUGUUUUAAGGUUUAAAACAAAUUUGAACCCUCGAUUAUAAAAGUUUCAAGUAUAAUGCGGUGUCCAUUUUCAAUCUCGCUUCCUUUAAAUAGGGUCAGGGUUUGCUCAUCUUGCGAAAAAAAACAUUCAAAAUGGAAUGUCUAUGUACCUUACUGGGGGUUUCCAACAUUCUGGCUUCUUCUGGACUGUUUUGGGCCUUCAGGUAGUAAACGGACUCGCUGUAAACCGUAUGCAAUCGGCGCGAGUUUUAGAAUUAGCAACCCAAGCUUUGCCGUUUAUUCGUCGCAUCUUGCUCUGUUUACUGCCUGACCUUCUGGAACAUGCAAGGCUUCUUAUCAAUAACGCAUUAACAAACCACCUCGUAAAAUGUCAUUGCAUUUUCAAGGUCGUGGGUUAUAACAUUCAGAUCAGGGAGUCUGGGGAAGAGUACACCGAGACAAUCGAGGUGGACACAGAGAAGCAGACCGAACUGUUUAAAGUUCCUGCUCAUGUUAACGUGGACCAAAGCAAUAUUUUGCACGAUUUCAAAAAGGUAAGCCUGUCAUCUUAAUUUUAAUUUACUCAAGCCCAUAGUGAUGUUGCCUAAGCCGUAACGAAGUAAAGAGUUAAAACUCUAUUUCAGCCUGAGUUCGAUGACCAUCGAACGAAAUCGCCUCAAUUUCUUUCAGUACUUCUGUAAGGGCCAUUUACCACCUUGACAGCCCGACUCGAUGAAAAAAUUACAGGACCAAGGUCGUAAGUAGUUCUCGUCCCUCUCAUUCAGAUUAUGAAAGAGGCCCAUAAUUGGCUAGGAGAACAGUCAUUAUUUAUCGCUCGGGGGAGGGGAGGGGGGGGGGUGGAAGAUUUUGGGGGGCAACCAAAAACAUUUGACUUAGAAGAUAUGUCAGUUGUAAUUCUCUACCAAUAUACAAUCCCCACAUAAGUAGGAAACCAGAAGAGCUGUUCCGUUUUUUUCGUUUCAUCUUACCGAUUCUAAAACGAAAACGUUUCAAUGCUCCCAUAACCCCUGAAAUUGCAAAUAACAGUAAUCAAAUGUUCACUCCAACUACUGCCUCACACUUUGUCUUAUUCAGUUUGGAGAAGACCCUCAGUAAAUACCACACAAAUAUUGUUUCAUUAUACUUCACUUACGGAUGUUCUCAUGCAAAACGUUGACAUAUCAUAUCUGGUUAUUUCUCACGCUUGUAGAGACACAACCGUACUUUUGGAUUAAGACUAUCUUUGGAUUCUUUAUUGGGACAAAAAAAUUCGUUUUUACUUUGAAUUUAAAGCCCCCACCCCCUCCUCCACUCACUUCUAAAUAGCUCAAUAGCAGUGGCUAACACUUCAUUGGCUACAAUUUUAAGUCUCUUUAGUUUUUCACCUGUAGCCCUCUCCCUUCCCUGCUUCAGUAGUGACACUUUAUUUCUCACGACAAUACAAAGAUAAGGGAGCUAAAGUUAAUUUUAUUACCGUAAAACUGUUUAUAGUCGAGCAUAGAAAAAUUUUGCGUAAAAUGUAAAUUAAUUGAGGAAAGUAAUUAUGCAUGAGUUAAGAAGCACUUCGACUCAAAUUAAUUCUAAAUGUCUAAUUUUUGUUCAAAUUUAGACACAAACUCGUCAAUAUCACAUGCUUUGGAAAACGUUUUUGGGUGAUAUAAGUAAUAUUUUGCUUAUAGUAAAUAGUAAUUAAAACGUACUCAAGGAAGUGCAUGCGUAUUUUGCACUAAAACGAUAAAUAACUUCCGUAUAAAAUUCUGGAGUGUUGUGACGUGAAAGGAAGGUGUGGUGAAUAGAGUCUGGCUCUUUGAAGUUAGGCCAUAUCUGCAUAAUUUUUUCAUGGUGAAAGGUCUUCUAAGCAGUAACUUGAAAUUAAAUCAUAUAAUCUAGUUUCUGUUGUGUUUUGCCAAUUGCAGUGAAAUUCGAUCUCCAACUGCCUCCUGGCUUAAGUUCUUUUUCCCAUUUGUUUGUUACUGAUCUUCAUUUCAGCCUGUUUUAAUUUUAACCAUAUGUGACCGUUUCUUGCUCAGACAAAUUACCGACGAAAUCUUUCCACACUGGUCAUUAAUAUAGUCAGAUACCUAUCUAUUCUUGCUUUAGGUUAAAUAAGAAUUAUUUUCUCUUUCUGCAGAAUCUCAGCAUGAUGCAGUUGCCGGAAAAGAAGAUCUGUUAUAUUUUGCCUCUAGAAAUGGAAGUUUCGACGCCAGAGAAACUCAUUAAUGAUCUCGACAAGGCUAACGGGGUAAGAAAAUGCCAAUUUUAUUUUUCUGAUGUGCCUUUUAACAACUCAGCAUGAAAAUGGGCAUGCAUAAAACACACCAGAGCAAUCUUCAAAGUAGAGCAAUAGUAAAAUUUUGUUCAUGUGUGGAGGAGAUCCUUUUUCAUCCCCUUUCGAGUUUAGCACAGUUUUUACUUAUUUCUAGCCUCUUUUAAGCAGCAGGAGGGGAUGGCUUUUGGAUUUGAAUUCCUUGAAUAACACUUUCGACGAAAGGUUUUCAAUAUUAACAUCUCAGUCUCUCUUUCACUCCAACGAAAACCUUGCCAAAAUUGUUCAGUGGUUAAUUUUUGAGUCUCAGCAAUCAAAGAAGAGCUAAACAAACACAGUGAAGAUUUAUCUAGUGUUUUUCUUAGCUAGCUAGAAAAUUGCAUCUCUUACACAAUUGAAACUAAGAUCUGAAAAAGGUUUGGGUAGAGAGAAAGGGAAAACACCUCUCUCUCUAUGAAGUUGCUUUUGCUAGGUGAGCUCGCAAAGGUUCUUCGAAGCCGUUGUCAAAGAGCUGAGUUAAGGAGCGAUGAUUCUCUAUGAAUUCCCCCGUUCUUCACACCCUAAUCGUUGAAAGAGAACUGUGGGGGUAGACUUCUUCAGUAGCAUAACGAUAAGUAACUUAUCUUGGCCGUCAUUCUCAGCUUUACUUUCUGUCUCGUUUUAGUUUCACCUACUAGGAAGUAAUAUGUCUAUUCUACAUUUUACAGAUAACCAUCAGCAAGAAGUCAGUUAUUGACAACAAAUGGACAGUAAAUGGUGAGGUGACUGAUACAUCUGCUCUAAGCGAAGAGAUGGCCUCUUUUUGUGAAAACUACGCAAUAUACUACCUCAAAAAGAUAGAGGACACCGUGAAAUCUACCAGGAUCCAAACAAAUGGUAAG